CUUCUCUAAUCGUCAGUAGUGUGGCGUUUGUGCGCGCGGUAACAUCGGUGUUAGGCUCGUGCGCGGCUUAAUAUUGGUGACGAUAUUUACGUAGACAUCACAGAGUUGAAGUUAUUUAACAUUGGCAGUCUUUGUAACAUUGUAUUGCUACUUUAAUGUAAAAUUUUAUAAUUUUCAAUUUUAUGAUAAUUUUAUACAAAAAAAGUGUUAAAAUAUUUUGUUUAAGUUGUGAGACAUUUUUAAAAUAAAUAAUCUGACAUGAAUUUAUUACUUUGCUUGGUAAAGAAAUAUGGUAGUCAUAGUGUCUGAUGUUGAAAAAUAAAUCCGGUGUCAAGGUAUAUGAUUUUAUUUUAUAAGCUCGCACAUUAUAUUAAAACCAACCGAGAAAGGUUCUCGUAAAUACUGAAUUGGAUGUAAACCGACCUUGGUUGCGGUAUAAACUAGCGGUGACCUUGGUGAUGUGCUGAGAGUGUAAUGUGUUCAGUGUUGAUGCUGAUAGGGCUGAUGUGGGCCCAGGGGACCCUCGCCCAGAACCUCGCCUCAGGAUCGCCUCUCAAAGUCGCCCAGUGUAGGGCUAAGUGCAUCCAUACUUUUCCCGGUGAAGAACCUUCAGGGAGUACUUGUCUUCAAAACACCAACUGCAACACAUGUUGGGAACAGUGUCAGAGGCUGGGUGCCGGCUGGAGCGCUCUUUGUGACAAGGAUGCUCUUUGUCACGCCGGUUGUCAGCAAGCAUGUCGCUUCCAUCUGCAGCUGGAGGUGCAGCGGUCACCUGUUCUGGUGACGCGUGGGGAGGAGGUCAUCCUGGUUUCCGGGGAUAUAGCCUCCUGGCCGCCACCAGGCGUCGCUUCCCCUCUCGCACCGCACGUCUUCGUCCUCAUGUGUCGCCUCCCGGACAACUCCUGGACUCAGGUGACCCAGACCGUUGACCUAGAGUGGAGGGUCCCAGGAUCGCUGUCCUGUGGGACAGUGCGGGUGAUGGUGGUAGGUCUAGACGGCCUGGUAACCGUGUACAGCCCUGCCCCUAGACCUCUGCAGGACGCGGGGAUGAUCCUGCGCAGUGUAGGGAGAGAGUCCUGGCUCGGUCUUGGAGGAUCCCAGGACAACAGAGUAGUCGAUAGUUCCUCACCGAAGGAGAAUGAAAGGGGGUGGAAUAUGCGUGAGGUUUCCUUGAUACACCAGGGUGUUCUGGUGAUCGCCGAGGUGGCCUGGGACCCUCCCGCUGCUGUGCCUGCCGUCUACCUCGUCACCUGGGAGCUGGCAGGUGGAGGCCUGAAAGGAAAUCUUCUCACAGACUCCACCUGCGUCACCCUCUCCCUGUGGCCAGACACCGUUUAUCGGAUACAAGUGCAGCUUGUGAGGGAGCCUCAGACACUGAGUGAAGUGUUGGUUUUGGACACCCGGCAAGCUGCCCCCUUGCUGUCUCCUGCCCCCACCGCCGCUCCAACCACUCCCGGCUACGGGCACCCUGGGUUCGAGGGGGUGGCUGGCGCGGCCUCCGCCCUGCUGGUGUUCUUCGCCGUGGCCCUCGUCUUCUCCACCAGGCGGCGCUCCUCUCUACCCGAAAAGCCUUUGGAAGUCGAGGAGCUACAUUCCUCCAACCAUUUCAAAUUGUUUCCCCCACCAGUGAGGUUACUAGUGGAACCAACUAGUUUGCCAGUGCUUUAUCCGGUGGGCGCUGACUCACAAGAGGAGCUGACGCUGUCCAGAUCUGACCCUACUGUAUGACAUGAUGCGCCAAAACUAGAUUAGAGACGAUGUAAACACCGUGUAAAUGUCCAGUCCUCACAGUAUUUUUAGAUAAUAUAUCCUACUCUGUUGUACAUAUCUGGUCUGGAUCAGGUCUCUGUUUUAUCCAUAUCAUGUGUAAGGUGUAAUGUAUAGAAAUAAUAAUAGAGAAUAAAACAUGUAAAUAAAUGUAAAGAUAUAUAUUACAACGCUCUCACUGUGUUAAUAUCCAGUUUAGUUACGAAUAUAACAAUAAAUAUUUUAGUUAUAAGUAAAAUAAGUGUAUUAACGACUCCAAAAAUCAUAUGUGGAUUGAUAUCUUGUUUCUCAGGCUUAAUGAGACACUUAGAAUAAUUAAUAUUACGACAGUUAAAUUGCAUUUUAUUACCAGGUGGUAUAUAUUAAUUAGUAGCUUAUAUUUCUUGUUGAGAUUGAAUUAUUUGAGGACCAACAUGUUUAAAUUGUUGUGUGUCAGAUUUUAAGCUUGUUAUUAUUAUUGCAAAGUUUAUGCUUAAAAUUAGCGAAAGAAUAAAUACUUCAGUGUUUGCUGUCAUUGCAAAUUAUGCUCGUCUAUUCCUAAACUGGUUGUCCAAAGUUUAUAUUGAUAGAUUAUUAGAUAUAUUUGUAAUGUAUGUCUCCCGUAAUACUCAGCAGUGACCAAUUAUCCUAAAUUGUUUUAAACUCUUUUCCUUAUAUGGAAUUUAUAGUUUUUAUCCGUAUACAUUCCUAUAGAAUGUUCUUGUAUUAUGUAUAAAACUGUGCAUUUUAAUUUAUUGUUGUUAUAUAUAUUUCCUAUUAUUUUCUAUUAAAAUUAAAUUUAAAUUUUGUAA